GUGGUGAAUGCAGGGCCUCCCCGCAACGACUCCCCUAGUGAGAUUGAUCCCAGCCGAAAUGCCACGCGGCUCAGCCUUUCUUUCUUGUCUCCGCCUUACCACAGAGAGCCCUUUUGGAAUUGCCUGCUCCAUUCAUUAAUCACCCUUCUAUACUUCAUGUCAGUCUGUUAUCCUCUACUCGCCCUGAAUUGGUUCUGUUUGACUUGAUUACUGCACACAAGCAGGCCGCUCUUGUCCUCAAGUCUCUGCCUCCCCCUUUGCUGACCGCGAACACCGUCACUCGCCCCGAUAUGCCGUCCGUCCUCAGCGACGCUGACAAGGAGACGGUGAAGCGGACUGUGCCCAAGGCUUCCAACAAGAUCCAAGCCGUUGCUGUCGCUCGUCUCUACGUCGCCCAUCCCGACCACAGACGAUGGACCUAUACCGGUCUUCAGGGCGCCGCUGUCCUCUCCAACGACCUCGUGGGAAACACCUUCUGGAUCAAGCUCGUUGAUAUAUCUCCUGCAAACCGAGGCGUGAUAUGGGAUCAAGAAAUAUACGACACCUUUCAAUACAACCAGGACCGCACAUUCUUUCAUUCCUUUGAACUCGAACAAUGUCUAGCCGGCUUAUCCUUCGUCGACGAGAAGGAGGCCCGGACAUUCAAGAAAAAGAUGGACGAGCGCGAGAAAAACGCCAGCAAACAUACCAAAGCCCAGCCGUUUGCAUCUGCCGCUGGAGGAGGCCAGGUACACGUGCCUGGAAGCACCCACAAACAUCACAGUCGAGUUAGCAACUUGUUCCGUGGUCACCGGCACAGCUCUGCCUCGCAGCAACCGCAACCAAUCACCCCUCAGCCAAUCUACAGCCCAGGCCUUGCCCCGGCAAGCUACCCACACGGCAAUGCAGACACAAUCGAUCUUACCGACCCUACGUUGAGGCCAAUCCUGGAUGAACUGCUGCAAAUGGGCAUCACCGAAGAUCAGAUCGCCCAGAACGUCGACUUUAUCAAGCGUUAUGUGCAAGAGAAGCAGGCAGAAGGAACGGCCAAUGGAAUUGGUUCGGCCAUACCGACAGUGACGGCUGCCGAGACAAGAUCAAGGGCUCCGCCGCCUCCGCCGCCUCCAUCAGCACCUCCGUCGAGAAUUAGCCCCGAAAACACUGGCACGGGCUCGAGCCGGAGAGGCCCUCCUCCAGCCCCUCCGCCAUCAAGAAGACCUGUGGGCGGGCGGGCUUCUUCACCUCCUCGUUCAAGCUCUCCUCCGCCAGCAAGGACUCCGUCUCCUCCUCCUACAGCAAGUCCACAGCCUAGAUUUCGCGCCCCUCCACCUAUCGCAGAUGCCGGCAAGUUUGCUGUCAAAGAAGGUCCAGCGCUCCACCCAUCUGGGCGAGCUCGAGCUUCUUCAGGCUCGCUUGCAAAUCCAGGUCCUCCACCUCCGCCUCGUCCUCCCAAAACUCCGAUUGAGGAGGAACAACCCCAGGGUGGUCUGUUUAGAGUGCCUCCGCCAUUCACUGGGGAACGAAAGUCUUCCGCGCCUCCCCCACCACCGAGUCGUGGCCCUAUUCCUCCUCCGCCACCGAGCCGUGAGACACCAACUCCUUACGCUGGACCACCACCACCAUUGCCACCUAAAGCAGGACAAACGCCGUCGCAUUCUGCAUUGUUCAUCCCUCAACCUCCACCGCCUCCUCCAGCACGCAACAAUGCGCCCCCCUUGCCGCCUCCAAAUACUCGAGCAGUCCCUCCUCCACCUACAGGUGCUGUUCCCCCUCCGCCUCCGCCGCCACCGCCCAUGCCGUCUUCUGCUGGUCCUCCACUACCGCCUCCCAUGCCUUCCUUUGGCGGUCCUCCACCACCACCUCCCAUGCCUUCUUUUGGCAGCCCACCCCCACCGCCUCCCAUGCCUUCCUCCUCUGGACCUGCUACCUCGCCUCUUCCCCAAGCCGGAGGUGAUGGUCGUGACUCGCUUCUAGCGGCCAUUCGCGGCUCAGGUGGGAAAGCUGGUGGCGGGCUACGCAAGGUCAAGGACAGCGAGAAACGCGACCGUAGUGCGGCCAUAGUGCCGGGAUCAGAGAGUAGUGCUCCACCACCCCCGGGAGCACCAGGAUCUCCCUCGACACCAGCCGGGGAUCAAGGUGGUCUGGCCGGGGCGCUGGCUGCAGCGUUGAGCCAGAGAAAGAAGAAAGUUAGUGGCAGCGAUGACGAAAAGGACGACGACGACGAUUGGUGAUCCAGACUCUGGUUCCAAAGAGGAUGAAUGGAAUAAUCGCCUUCGAAUACUUUCUCACAACGGCUCAGUGUUGGGGAUGGGGAAAAUGUAGCGGUGACAUGAGUAGGAUAUGGACCAUGGCUACUCUUGGCGUGGAGGUAUGGAGAGAGACUGUCAAUGGGCCACAAACACAACUGCUCAAACAAGGGAGCUCUCUAGUGAUUGAAGAGCAGCUGACCCAGGAGAAUAUCGCUGCUAUAGUAUAUGCGAGGACAGACGCGAGGGCGGCGGUUGGACAAAUAGAACAAGCAAGCACGGGAGGUGCCAGCUUACAUAGGAAAAAGUCGAUGUUUACCAAAGAAAGCAUCACCAUGAAACAAG